AUGAGUAAGAAGUGGAUGUCCUCUAUUAUCAUGUAUGUUGUUGGUGACACUCCUACACUUACUGCUGUGAAGAGGUAUGUGGAUUCAGUUUGGAAUCAGGUUCAAACACCUAAUAUUUUUCUGCAUGAUGAUGGUUAUUUUUUGGUUCAUUUUCAUUCUAUUGAGGAUAGAGAUUUGGUGUUAGCUGGGGGUCCUUAUACUUUUCUUAACAAACCUGUAAUAAUUAAGCCAUGGUCUACUGGUUUUAAUUUCUAUGAGGAGAUCUUAAAAGUUAUUCCUCUUUGGAUUAAACUUCCUAAUCUCCCUCUUAAUUUCUGGAGUGCUGAUUCUCUAAUUCGGAUAGCAAGUAUCCUGGGUGUUCCUCUUUUUGCGGAUGAUUGCACUACCAGGCAGCAAAGAGUGUCUUUUGCUCGUGUUCUUGUGGAAAUGGAUGUUACUAUGACUCUUCCGGAUCAUGUUUGGAUAGAGGAUGAAUUAGGGGUGGAAUUUAAGCAGGCGAUUGUGUAUGAUUGGAAACCCUCUUAUUGUGCUAAAUGCUCUAUGCCAGGUCAUGAUUGUUCAUUUCUUGGUAAACCUGUUCAGAAACCUGUCACUAAACAGCCUACUAAACAAAUCUGGGUGCCUAAGAAGCAGCAACAGGGGCAGAAACCUGUUCCUGCCCAGGUAGCUACUCCAGAGCAUCAGACUCUUGCUGUUACUCAAUCUGGUGCGGAUUUUGGUUGGCGAGUUGCUACUAAGAAAUCAAAAAAUAGGGGAGUUCCUGUAAGCACUUCUAAUGUGUUUGAUCAGUUACCAAAGAUAGAUAUGCAGCCUAUUGAUGUGGGAAAUGAUGUUGCACAGGAGGAAGAAUUGGAGGAUAUAGUUGACCAGGAUGAUCCUGGUGACCCCCCCGACACUUGA